GUUUGACGUUGGCUUAUUGGUGCAUUUUCAUUUCAUGUUGCAAUACAUCCUUUAAACCCCAAAUGGCAAAUGCAUAAACCCCGGCGAGUCACUCACACACAUACACACACUCACCUCAACCUCAACCUCAACCUCAACCUCGCGCCAAAUCAGUCCCCAGGCCCCCACCACCCAACCCCCCUCCACUCCACCUGGACAUGCAUCAAAACGUCGUCGUGUUGGACAACGGCGGCGGCCUAAUCAAAGCUGGACUCGGCGGCGAGCGCGACCCCUCAGCCAUAAUCCCUAACUGCGUCUACCGCCCACUCUCCUCCAAGAAAUGGGUGCACCCUUCACCCACCGAGCCCAUGGACCUCACCUCCGCGGCGGUCCGGCGGCCCAUCGACCGCGGCUACCUAAUCAACCCGGAUCUCCAGCGCGAGAUCUGGGCCAACCUCUUCUCCUCCCUUCUCCGGGUCAACCCGGCCCAAUCGUCCCUUCUCCUGACGGAGCCCCUCUUCACCCUCCCAUCCAUCCAACGCGCCACCGACGAGCUCGUCUUCGAGGACUUCAACUUCUCGUCGCUCUACGUGGCCCACUCUCCCUCCCUGGCCCACCUCUACGAGGCCAGCCAGCGGACCUUUAAGGCCCAAUGCAGCCUCGUCGUCGACUGCGGCUUCUCUUUCACUCACGCCGUCCCUGUUUUCCAAAACUUCCCCAUCAACUACGCCGCUAAGCGAAUCGACUUGGGCGGCAAGGCCUUGACCAAUUACCUCAAAGAGCUUGUAUCUUACCGCUCUGUCAAUGUCAUGGACGAGACCUUCCUGAUCGACGACGUUAAGGAGAAGCUCUGCUUUGUUUCCUUAGACGUUGCUCGUGACCUCCAGAUCGCAAAGAAACAAGGGAAGGACAAUGCUUUCAGGUGCACGUAUGUGUUGCCUGAUGGUGUUACGCACACAAAAGGGUUCGUUAAGAACCCAGAAGAGGCGCAGAGAUACUUGGCUUUGGGAAACGGUGACACACUUGAAGAAGUGCAGCAAAAGAUGGAUGUGGAUCAGAUGGAAGUUACAAACAAGCUGGAGGAUCGAAAGAAGAUUGAUUUAACCAAGAAUGAAUUUGACUUGACAAAUGAAAGGUUCCUUGUGCCAGAGAUGAUCUUCCAUCCUGCUGAUUUGGGAAUGAAUCAGGCUGGGCUAGCGGAGUGCAUGGUUCGAGCUGUCAGUUCCUGCCAUCCUCAUCUUCACCCUGUACUCUAUGAAAACAUUAUUUUAACCGGCGGAAGCACACUAUUUCCUCGACUUUCUGAUAGACUAGAGAGGGAGCUGCGGCCUCUUGUUCCUGAUGACUAUCAAGUGAACAUAACUCCUCAACAAGACCCCAUACUAGGUGUUUGGCGAGGAGGAUCUCUUUUAGCAUCAAGUCCUGAUUUUGAAGCAAUGCGUGUCACCAAGGCUGAAUAUGAGGAACUUGGAUCUGCUCGAUGUCGCAGGAGAUUCUGUUAAUCUUAAAGGGUAUGUUAUCUGAAUGAUCAAAUCCACCUUUUAUGGUAAUUUACAUAUCAUGCUGUUUGGUUGAGAAGACGAGCAAUGGAGUUAGAUUCCAAGUAAUUGUUGGACCACAUAACAUUCCUUUGUAAAUUUCUAUAGCACCUUUGUGGAAGCGAAUAGUCUCCGUGAGGGGUAAUGCAGCUCCCUAUGACUGUUUAUGAGACACUGAAGAAAAGGUAGGUAGAAGCAGGCUUGGCAGCUUGGUUAUGAGAACUGAAACCUGAUUGUCCGUCCUUGUCAUACUAAUGAGCAUGAUAAAAUGAAAUGCUACAUACGUUCUGCCUUCCCCCACCUCUGUUUUUUUUAUAGAUGUCCAGAGGAAGAUUGAGGUUCGAUCCCUUCGCUAUAGAAUCCUGCCUAGGCUAUCCAGAAAAGCUAUUAUUUAUGUGGGAUGGGCAAACUCAAGAAAAAAGACGUAAACAUAUUAAGAUUUAUAAUUUUGAUCCGGAAGAGUUCGGGAGAUGGUGACGACUCGGCAAUUGUAAGCUACAUUGCAGUGUCUUCUAAAUCAAGACCUAUCUGAUUCGAGCUUCGCCUCCAGCAUGGACACGCUGAACACCUUGGUUUGUUCAUGUUUGAGGUACCUUGGUCUUUCUUGUAGAAGAAAGAUACUUGUUCUAACAUGUUUCCUGCGACAUCUUGAAUCGUCUUUUAAACAUAAAAAUACUGCAUCCCUACGCUUGUAUAAAAUUGCUCAUGUUGAUGUUUGUUCAACUUUCUGUAGCUACCUGGAAUUUCUAUGCUCAUUAACAACAUUAUUUUCAUAAUUUUUAAAACUUAAAAAACUUCUAAUGCCAAUAAAUUUUAAGACUAAAGGAAAAUACAAAAUCAAAUUACAAUCCAAGUUUUCGGAUGAAAUCCAAAAUUGUAAAGAUUACUCUCGAAUCAUCAACCAAACAGCCCCAGCCCUGAAUGAGUAACAAUCCAAGUUUACUGCUUAUUGAACACGGGCCACUUUUUUUCUUGGGCCAGGGAAGCAACAAAGCCAAACAAGCCCGUAGCCCGUCCAAAUCGACAAACUGAGAUCUGAGACAAUCGUAUUCAUAAGCCCUUAGGAGAAAUAAAAAUACCCAAACCCAAAGCCCAAACAGAGCACAAAAAACCCGCCAACCGUCUCUCUCCAAGGCUCCAAGCCCUAAUUAAUCCCCGACGCCAAGAAGCUUUGAUUCGAUUCGACAUGAUCAUCUACGAUCGCAAUCACCGGUACGUUAGUGACGUUUGUGUUUGAGGCCUUUGCGAAGAUCGCGUUCAAACACACUCGACGGAUCUGACGCCAUUGCGAAGAUCGAAUCAGUUGGGCCGGUUGUUUCAGUAAUUCGAUCCAAUUUGGGUUCUAAGACGAUCGUCGAUGGCGAGGUCGCUGGUUUUGCCUGUGGAUGAACGAUUUCAGGGUCGCGGUGUUUCCGAUGGUGUAAAUUACAGCCUUGACGGUGUAACGUUAGGGUUUGUUGUUGGGCAGAUCGUAUGUGGCUGAUGUGCCUGAUCUGGUGGAGCCUGAGUGCGCUUCAGAAUUGAUUCAAGCGAUUCUCUCCUUUUUUGAGACAGAUUGACUCAAAGAUGAUGUUCAAAUCUUUACCUUCUCGAUCUUCAUAUGCAGAGGAGACAGCCUCGUGAAGGCAUGACAGGGGCCUCGCAGGACCAAUGUUAAGUGAGACAAAGUUGUAAAACUUGCAAGGUGAAGUCAUGAAACAUCUACAUAAGGUGGGCGGUAGUGUGACCACAAUCAAAGUGUGGAGUUCUACAAUACGAAGUAGCUGCUGCUCAGGAUAUUUUUACUGGUGGGAGUAAAAUCCUUGUGUUUUGGGCAAAGGCUCGAAUUUCCUGAUAGGUGGUGUUCCCUGAUGAUGCAGCUCUUAAAUUUAACGGAGCUUGAACUCGAAGUGGGUUGAUAUUUCAAGUUUGGUUUUCUCGUGCACUUAUAUAUUUCUAUAGAUCGGACUCCUGCAGCAAUUCCGUAAACUUGUUUCCGACCUUUUUUUUUUGGUUUUUUGGUUU